AUGAGCGUCUCCGGUAUCGUCCGUCCGCGCUUCCUGUACUCAGGGGCGGGAUCGACGCUGCAAUUUCCUUUAGACCACACACACAUGUCCCAAUUAGAUCCUUCGUCCCUGGAAGGUCGUUUACAGGACGCGUAUUUCGUUGCACCGGCGUCGCACAUCGGACGUGUGGUCACUGGCGUCGUAUUUGUAGCCGAACAGAGCCGCGUGAGUCGCGUCUUCGCUUCGGGUGCUGGUGGCAUUGAUCGCUUUGGCCUCACGAUCAUUUCGUUUGCUGAUAAGCUAGCAGAACAGGGUUAUAAGGUGCUAGUGCUGGAUCUGUCCCAAGAAGGGAAUGCGGCUCCGACGGACAGCGUCACACAGGAGCAUGUAGCUAUUGUACAACAAGCAGCGCUUUAUCUUAAGAAAACACACGGUAUUCAGCGUGUGGGGCUUUGUGGAGUGGAUGCAGGAGCGGAUAUUGCGAUCAAGGUGGCCAUGGAGCACUCUGCGCCGAUGGAUUGCGUCAUUGCCAUGUGUCCCAAGGGUCUCGUGCCUUGGAAACCUUUUGGAGAAGAGCAAAGUGAUGAUACAUUAAAGUCUUCUGUCAUUCCAAUACUAGUUCAAUUGGGGGAGAAAUCAUCUUACGCUGCAUCGGAGGCUUACCAGACGCUAUUGAGCUCGUGUGCGGGUAAUCCACAGGCAGCAACGGCGCUUAAGGCGUCACUUUUUGUAAAUCAGCACAGUGGUUUCGCAUUCUCCAACAUCACGGAUGAAGAUGCGGCAACGCAGGCAAUUGCAGAGGUUCUCGACUGGCUUAUACAGCAUCUGCAUCGUUUCAAGGUGGCUGCAGCUACUAGCGAUACUGACCCAUGGUGGCCUCAAGGCCGCAACGGUCCUUUUUUCAAUGUCGGCCUGCACACAUGGCAGGAAUCGCGAGCAACUUGGCUUACUCCCACACAGGCACGUCCGCCACGCCCACCACCAGUACCUGCUCACUUGCUGUUCGACGGAUUGUCGUCUGUGCGCAGAACUUUCGACUUGCCACAGCGUAUGCGCCUAGGUGAUGUCAUUGAACUUUUCGCUGAGAUUUGGGAUGUACAACAAUAG